GAAAUUAUAGCGAGGCAAAGUCAAAACAAGAAAUAACGAAGAAUUUGGGGAAUUGCUGGUUUUAAAAGGCCAUCGAAUGCCAUUAGCUGGAUGGCUAUAAAUUCCUUUCUCGACAAAGAAACCCAGAGCCCUUUAAUUUUCAGUCAUAAAAUCAAACCCCACCCGAAAAUUCUCUACCUUGACUGUGUUUUCUUUGUCCUCUCUCUGCAGAAAAAAAUAAAAUAAAAAAUGGGCCAGGCGUUUGGUUGUAUUCAAGUGGAUCAGUCUACAGUUGCUGUGAAGGAACAUUUUGGGAAAUUCGAUGAUGUGCUUCAGCCCGGGUGCCAUUGCUUGCCAUGGUGUGUGGGAUAUCAGUUAGCUGGCUCUCUAACACUGCGCGUGCAGCAGCUUGAUGUUCGUUGUGAAACAAAGACUAAGGACAAUGUGUUUGUGACUGUGGUUGCUUCAAUUCAAUACCGAGCUUUGGCGGAAAAAGCAUCCGAUGCAUUUUACAAGCUCUCCAACACGAAAGAGCAGAUUCAGUCAUAUGUUUUUGAUGUUAUAAGGGCAAGUGUACCAAGACUGGACCUGGAUUCUACUUUCGAGCAGAAGAAUGACAUAGCCAAAGCUGUGGAGGAUGAACUUGAAAAGGCAAUGUCUGCAUAUGGAUAUGAGAUCGUGCAAACUUUGAUUGUCGAUAUCGAACCAGAUGGCCAAGUCAAGAGAGCCAUGAACGAGAUAAAUGCUGCUGCCAGACUCAGAGUUGCCGCUAACGAGAAAGCAGAGGCUGAGAAAAUUCUCCAGAUCAAGCGGGCUGAGGGGGAGGCCGAGUCCAAGUACCUAUCGGGCCUCGGCAUAGCCCGCCAGCGCCAGGCCAUUGUUGAUGGGCUGAGAGACAGUGUUCUCGCCUUCUCUGAAAAUGUGCCCGGUACCUCGGCUAAGGAUGUCAUGGAUAUGGUCCUUGUGACCCAAUACUUUGACACUAUGAAGGAAAUUGGGGCUUCGUCAAAAUCAUCGGCUGUUUUCAUCCCUCAUGGGCCUGGGGCCGUUAAGGACAUUGCCUCUCAAAUUCGGGAGGGACUUCUUCAAGCUGAAAGCGUUUGAUCUCGUCUGUGUUUUCUACGGUUUUUUCCGCAGAGUGUGUAUGUUUGGAUGUGGAUGUGAAAAAUAUAUGUUUGGAUUAAAGGAAUUUGAUGAUUGUGUAAGUUUGUUAUGAAAUUGGGAUUUAUUAUGUGGAUUGUUUUAAGGUUUUGGAAGUUGUGGUGUGAAUGUGCAUGAAUUUGAAGAAUGGUCUUUUUUUCUAAAAAUUCUUUAGGUUAAGUUUCCAAGUAUCUUCUAAGUUUAUUGGUCUAUAAUUGUACAACUUGAUUGUUUUGAGUUACUUUUUAUUUUUCCACGUAGGAUGGGGUCCACGUGUGGUCGUAUGAGUGUGUAAUGUCCAUUUUGCUUUGGUUAAAUAAAAUAUUUGACCACGAUAUGUCUACUUAUUUAAUAUAUUGUCAUCGAAUAUUUUACAUUAUUUAUUAAGUUUUGACUUGAUCAUGA